AUGGCCAGAAGCUCGAUCAUCGCGCUAGCCACGGCAGCUCUGCUGGCAACGACGGCGAAUGCUCAGUUUGGGUUCGGAGGGGGCUUUGGAUUUGGCGGUGGCGACGUGAGCAAUGGGGGUGACUGUCCCCCUUGGAUUAGCAACUGUGACAACUCCAACAAUGGCGGCAACGACGGCGGCUCCUCGUCGUCGAACAGCAUCUCCCAGAGCGCUCUUUUCUCCUCCCCAGCUGAAUUCGACCGGGCGACCCGGAUCCUGAUCGCCCACGCCGUCCUGGCCUCCGCAGUCUGGGUCCUCUUUGUCCCGUCACUGGCGAUCCUGCUGCGCCUGAACAUCAAGAACCCGAUUGUGCUCAAAAUCCACGCCGUCGGCCAGAUCCUCAGCUACAUCGUCUUCAUUGUCGCUGCGGGCAUGGGCAUCUGGCUUGCACAACAGAGUUCCGCCUUCGGGGUGUGGAACGACCCUCACCCGAAGCUGGGUCUAGCGAUCCUGGCCCUGGCUUUCUUUCAACCAAUUUUUGGUUCCAUCCAUCACUCGAUCUACAAGAAACGCGCCCAGAAUGUCCAAGCCGGGAGGCCGACCAAACCGCCCAGCCGGACGACCCCCGGACGUAUUCAUCUCUGGCUCGGCCGGCUUCUCAUUGUGCUCGGGAUGGUCAACGGCGGCUUGGGCAUCAGACUGGCGUCCUUCAGCCCAUUCCAGACCGAUUCCACGUCCACCAAGGCAAAGAUUGCCUACGGCGUCGUUGCGGCAACCAUGUUCCUGCUCUACUUGGUGUUUGUGGUCACCUUCGAGCUCAGGAAAUCAAGGACCAGCUCCGAGGAGGCACGGGGCAGAGAGCAUGUGGUCCCCAAAGAUGGAUUGCCCUCAUAUGACGAGAGCGAAGAAUCUGUGGGCAGGUCCAGCAGACACAGCUGA